AUGUCCAGCAACAACACUCACUUGGCCGGGGCAGCAGGCCAGCCACCCCACCACUACUCGCCCACCUCCUCGUCGACCGCCGUCGAUUCUGGCUACCACUCACUAUCAACGCCCGGAAACAACGGUGGCGGCGGCGGCAACAGCACCAGCGGUACCGCUUCCUCCGGCAGCGGCCCCUUCAAGCGCACGCCCCGUCAGCAGAGACCGCCGUCGCCGCGGCCUCAAAUGUACGGCGUGGCCCCUUCAGCCGGCGUCUUUACGCGUGAGAUGCGGGACCGACAAUCCCGCGGCAAGGACCCCUACGGCUCAGACGAGGACGGCAGCGGCAACGGCGGCCACCCCGAGUUCACUUCUGGCUCGUCUGGCAUGCUUGGUCAGUCUGGAUCGAGGAUAGGAUCCGACCAAGGGGAGCCUCGUGAGGUCCUGGAAAAGCGCAUGCGCGCAAGGAUCUUCCUCGAAGAUCCGGAACUGUUGAUGAUCAGAUCACUCGAUACAGGCGAGAGCACCACAGCAGCGCGUUUGCAUUUCAUGAGCCAGCUCUGUGGUUUGGAUCCAGAAUCCAAAUACUCCAGAGCUGCCAAUAACUCAAGAUCCAUAUACCAAGCUCACAGCGGUGGAAGCGUACGAUCCGGUCCGGGUGCUUCUGGGAGAUCAAAUUGGGGCUACAAGUAA